CUCAUGAGCUUUAGUUUCCAUAAAUCUUUUGACAGAAAAAACAAGUUUCCAUAAAUCUGUGGGAAAGUAUAUUUCUUUAAAAAAUAAAGUCUGAAAAUAUGUUAAUCAAAUAUCAAGAAUAGACGUGUUGAGCUGUUAAAUCUCUCUUUACAGCAUUCCUCUCUAUAUCUCUUCAACUUCUCAUCGUCUUCGUUUACAUUCCUGUAUUGCGAGCUGUAAUGGAAUGAGAGGUUUUUGGACUCAUCUCUCUGUCGUUGCUACAGUUUUCUUUAACCCAUCUCUCUCUCUCUCUUGGAGGAACAGAUCUCUGUCGCAUAAAUCCUGUCCCCUAUGUCACCUUUGAUUUAGAGACGCUUUGCUUUGUUGCUUCUGCUUCAUCCUCCACGCGUCUUCUUUUCCCUUCCAUUUGUUUGUCUGUUUCUUGCAACAAUGGUAUCAAAGUUAUAGCCUUUCAGCCUUGAGAGGAAGGAGGGGAAAGGAAAAGAAAAGAAAAGAAAAGAAGACGAAGGAAAGAGUUUUUUGUGGGUGGAGUGUUUGAUUGCUUGUUUUGUUGUUUUUCACUCGCUUUUCUUUUUGUUUGAGUCUGGUUUAUUUUUAUAGAUCAGACCCAAAAGACUAAAUUUAACGACAAUGGCACUCUCGUUCAAUUGGUGGGCUAAGGAGGGGCAUAGAGGCACACCUGUGGUGGUCAAAAUGGAGAACCCCAACUGGUCAAUGGUUGAGCUCGAGGGUCCAUCCGACGAAGAUUUCCUCAUCGGCGACUCGCCAUCUCGUCCCAUAGACAAGUCUCGUAACAAGAACGCCAGACAGCUUACCUGGGUUCUUUUUCUUAAAGCCCACAAGGCUGCUGGUUAUUUAACCUCCAUUGCCUCAUCAACGGUCUCCAUUGGCUCUGUCAUCAAGCGUCGUCUCCGCUCUGGCCGCACCGACACCGACCCUGAAGUCGAUGGGGACGUCGGUCUGGAAAAUGAGAACCCGACAGUCAAAAGCCGGUUCUACUUCUGCAUUAAGGUGUUUCUGUGGCUCUCAGUUUUACUCUUAGGGUUCGAGAUGGCCGCCUAUUUUAAGGGCUGGCAUUUUGGUUCUCCACAUCUCCAAUUGCAGUAUCUAUUAGCGACUCCAUUUGGGUUUAAGGACAUUUUCGAUUCCUUGUAUUCUCGUUGGGUAUUGAUUCGUGUGGAGUACCUUGCUCCUCCAUUGCAAUUCCUCGCCAAUGUGUGUAUUGUGCUCUUCCUUGUCCAGAGUUUGGAUAGGCUAGUUCUCUGUUUGGGCUGUUUCUGGAUCCGAUUUAAGAAGAUAAAACCCAUUCCCAAACAAGACGCAAUUGCCGAUCUUGAAUCCGGCGAAGAUGGCUUCUUCCCUAUGGUUCUCGUCCAGAUCCCUAUGUGCAACGAGAAAGAGGUUUAUCAACAAUCAAUUGCUGCUGCGUGUAAUUUAGACUGGCCGAAAUCCAAGAUUCUAGUUCAAGUUCUUGAUGAUUCUGACGAUCCAACCACACAAUUGUUGAUUAAAGAAGAGGUAAACAAAUGGCAGCAAGAGGGUGCGCACAUUGUGUAUAGACAUCGAGUAGUCAGACAAGGGUAUAAAGCUGGUAAUCUCAAGUCUGCAAUGAAUUGCAGCUAUGUCAAAGACUAUGAAUUUGUUGCCAUUUUCGACGCUGAUUUCCAGCCUGCACCCGACUUUCUUAAAAGAACAGUCCCUCAUUUUAAGGAUAACGAAGAGUUGGCUCUUGUUCAAGCAAGAUGGUCAUUUGUGAACAGAGAGGAGAAUUUGUUAACAAGGUUGCAGAAUAUUAACUUAGCAUUUCAUUUCGAAGUAGAGCAGCAGGUGAAUGGUGUCUUCAUUAACUUCUUUGGGUUCAAUGGGACGGCUGGUGUGUGGAGGAUAAAGGCUCUAGAGGAUGCUGGUGGGUGGCUAGAGAGAACUACUGUUGAGGAUAUGGAUAUUGCUGUUCGUGCUCAUCUUCAUGGCUGGAAAUUCAUUUUCCUAAAUGAUGUUGAGUGCCAGUGUGAGUUGCCGGAAUCAUACGAGGCGUAUAGAAAGCAACAGCACAGAUGGCAUUCUGGACCUAUGCAGUUGUUUAGGCUCUGUUUGCCAGACAUUAUACGAUCAAAGAUUAGCAUAUGGAAGAAGUUCAAUAUGAUCUUUCUCUUCUUUCUACUCAGAAAGCUGAUCCUACCCUUUUAUUCUUUCACCCUAUUCUGCAUAAUUUUGCCGAUGACAAUGUUCAUACCAGAGGCUGAGCUACCAGCAUGGAUUGUCUGUUACGUUCCAGCCACCAUGUCAUUUCUUAAUAUCCUCCCAGCUCCGAAAUCCUUCCCCUUCAUUGUCCCGUACCUUCUAUUUGAGAACACUAUGUCAGUUACCAAGUUCAAUGCCAUGAUAUCGGGUCUAUUCCAGCUAGGAAGCGCUUAUGAGUGGGUUGUUACUAAGAAGUCUGGUCGGUCAUCUGAGGGUGAUCUUGUCUCCUUGGCCGCAAAGGAGCCAAAUAAUCAAAGAGUGGCUUCAGUGCCAAAUCUUGUAGAGAUGAAAGCAGAUAUUCAGCAGGAGCAAAAAGCACGAAAAAAGAAGCAUAACAGGAUCUAUACAAAGGAGUUGGCACUGGCUUUUCUUCUAUUAGCAGCUUCAGCAAGGAGUCUCCUGUCUGCUCAAGGGAUCCAUUUCUACUUCUUGCUGUUUCAAGGAAUCUCAUUCCUGCUGGUUGGUUUUGAUUUGAUAGGGGAACAGGUCCAGUGAAGGAUAUAUAUGAUGGAUUGUAGAGCCUAUACAGCUGAUGUUGAUGAAGGCAACACGCCGCACACCAAAUAUGAAUAUCGCGGAGCAGGAACUUAUAUGGGGAGGAGCUUAUCAGUGGGCUGAGAGUGCUUCCUUUUCUCCACCGGCCUCCUUCCUCCAGAACACCAAUACACGAUUCUGCCCCCAAAAUGUGAGAAGAAACUGAGUUUCAAGUAGACAGAAGAAUGACUGCAGUUGGGAUACAGAAAAAGAUUACAUAAUAUUGAUGGUCUUGAUUAUUUGUAUGGUUUUCUUUGUUUUUUCAUUCUUUCGUUUUUGCUUCAUUCUUUUGUAAGAAAAAAAAAUGGUCAUUACAUCAUAGAACAGGGAUUUUAGUUACAUUUUUAAGGGAGGAUUGACAGAACUUCCCCUUGGUGCCAUAUUUGACUGUGAUCACUCUGGACAUGUUUAUUCAAAAGCAGUCAGUUUGUCAA